AUGCAGCCGGCUUUGACUGUGAUGGCCUGCUUAUAUAUUAUGAUCAUGGUUAUAGCUAUACCUGGUAAUUCAUUAAUCUUAUGGAUUACUUUGGCCAAUAGGCACCUGAGGACACCGACAAACUUGAUGGUUUGUAAUUUAGCCGUAGCAGGAUUGUUGUUAGCAAGCAUACAGAUACCAUUUAAAAUUUUUGAUCUUUUAAGCCCAAUUCAGUCAAGAUAUUACUAUCCGUUUAGCGUUUCUGUAUGCAAGAUGACUCUAAUGAUACCUGGAGUAUGUGUUACAGCAAUAUCGUUUACCUUAAUGGCUAUUUGCGUCGAUCGAUAUCGUGCGAUUGUAACUCCGAUCAAAUUUAAGUUGAUAACCCAUCCAGUUAAGGUCGCCAUUUUUUUGCCAUUAUGUUGGUUAUUUGCUUUCUCGCUUUUGGCGCCUUAUGGUGCUUUUGCAACCAUUCACCCAUGGUUUGAACAACGCCAAGUUUGUGUUGUAAAUUGGAUGACUAACCACCAUUUGGAUAUCAUCUUCGUUAAAAAUAGAAUAGUGUACUUUAUACCUUUCUCCAAGAUGAUCCUCUGGCUAUUAUUUAUUAUUCUAGUCUUUCUUGUGCCAACAAUCAUUAUGACAAUGUUAUACAGCAUUGCCGCUCGAGUGUUGUGGCGUGAAGGGCUAGAAAAGAUGCGAAUGAUGACUUCGAUGAGUCUAGAAUCCAGUUCGAUUAGCCGUGAACGAUGUGCUAGCUUAAGUUUGGAUGAGCAUCGAUUAAAAGCUCGAAAACGAACUAUUAAAAUUUUGAUAGCCUGCUUUAUCUUGUUUAUUGCCAGCAAUUUACCGUAUUAUACUUUGCUCACGUUGUUUGAAUUUAAAUUAAUUCAACUUCCAAAUUAUUUCGUACGUUAUGGUCUGAUCAAUGCAUUUGUGCUCUUAAAUUAUACUUGCAUUGCUUAUAAUGCCAUUAUUUAUGGCUACUUUAAUUAUAACUUUCGGCGUAAUGCUCCUCGAUGGUUUCAUUUGAAGAAUUAUUGUUCACAGUGCAGAUGA